CGUGCUCGCUGAGGAAGAACUUCCGGUUCACUGCGCUGAAGCACCUCGAGCUCUGAUGCUACGUCCUUCACCGAUUUUUACUUUAAAUGAAAUAGAAAAGGCGAAAAUUGACUGAUUAUAGAUUCGUAUUUAAUAAACCGGAUAUCCCCCGGUCAUCUGACAGAGCUGAGUGUUGAUCCGGAAGUCAUUCUGCGGCAAGACAUUUUAGAACAUUUUUCUUCAUUUUCUGGCAUCUUGGAAACCAAACAACUAAUCAAGACAUCUAGCAAACAAUCAACUGGUCAUUCAGUGAAGAAAAAGUUGGAAUGUCUUCGUUGUGGAGCCUCAGACCAAUGCUGGCAUCACUGUUUCAGGCGUCCCAGCAGGCCUCUGUGUGGACGGGCCCCCUCCUCUCCAGGACGAUGGCCACCCUCAACCAGAUGCACCGCCAGGGGAAGCCCAAACCGGCCCCUAAACCUGUGGGCGCCACGUUCGGCUGCCCCCAGCUGAAGGCGGUGAUCCUGAAGACGAUGAUCAGAAAGCCCAAGAAGCCCAACUCGGCCAACAGGAAGUGCGCUCGGGUGCGGCUGUCCAACGGGAAGGAGGCGGUGGUGUUCAUCCCCGGAGAGGGACACAACCUGCAGGAGCACAACGUGGUGCUGGUGCAGGGCGGCCGGACGCAGGACCUGCCCGGAGUCAAACUCACCGUGGUCAGAGGCAAAUAUGACUGUGCUCAUGUGGUGAAGAAGAAGCAGUGAUGGACUGACUGUUGGGAAUAAAUGUGUUCACUCCUAAAUGUCUGCUGUGAAGUCAGAGUUUUAUUGGACCAUCGUGGACACCUGAUCAUGUGGUGUAAAUGUGUUGCCGACUCCAUGUUCAUCAGUUCAUCACCUCCGAUAUUCUGGUUUGAGGCUCGAUGCCGAAGCUGCUGCAGGAUUUCAGCGUCAACUGUGAUGUUUGGUGAAAACACCAGGCUCACAGUCAGUUUUAUUCAUGAUUGAAGUGUUAUUUCUGCUGCAUUUUUCACACCAGGAUAAAAAAUAGCAGUAAGACAAGAAUAGAACUACAACAAAUUAACAAUAAAAUAAUUGAUAAAUGUC